ACUGCAGCGCUCUGAGCCCAGUAAAAGCAGCCGCGGGAGGAGGCGGGGCUCCAGCGAGUUCCCCUUCUACCUUCCCCCACCCUUCUCUUCCAACCUCUGUUCGGCCCCCUAGCUUGAUUCCAGCCUUUGCUGCAGCUGCUCUCCAGCCGUUUCAGGACCCAAACAACCGCAGUUGCUGUUCCCAGGAUGGUGAUCCGUGUGUAUAUUGCAUCUUCCUCUGGCUCCACGGCGAUUAAGAAGAAACAGCAAGAUGUACUGGGUUUCUUAGAAGCUAACAAAAUAGGAUUUGAAGAAAAAGAUAUUGCAGCCAAUGAAGAAAAUCGGAAGUGGAUGAGAGAAAAUGUGCCUGAAAACAGUCGGCCAGCCACGGGAUAUCCCCUGCCACCUCAGAUUUUCAAUGAAAGCCAGUACCGUGGGGACUAUGAUGCCUUCUUUGAAGCCAGAGAAAAUAAUGCAGUGUAUGCCUUUUUAGGCUUGACAGCCCCACCUGGUUCAAAGGAAGCAGAAGCUCAGGCAAAGCAGCAAGCAUGAAUCUUAAACAUUCCACCUUAAGCAUCCUGAAAAAGGAGUCUCCUUGCUUUUAUAAAAUAACAAAAUUAUCUUGGCUUCAAAAGAAAUAGGCUUCAUGUUGAAAUAAUAGAUUAGUUGCUGUUUUUGCAUGCAAGCAAUCAAAAUGAAAACAUAAUUAAAAUGUGAACUUUAUGAUGAGGAGAAUGGGAGAUGAACAUAGCAUUUUAAGUAGAUGUCAUAGAAUAGUAGUAUCUGCCAAGGCAUUUUAUAUGCUUCAAUGAUUUUAAAAAGCAAACACCUUUCCCCUUUUUUGAUAUUAUUAUUGCAGCUUAAGUAUGUCUGUAGCUCUACAUUGAGGAAGUUAAAAUAAGAGAGAGAAAGAAAGAGUCUGUCUCUUAUUCCCAAAUUGCCUCAUUAAUUUUAGUGAAAUAUGUACCAUUUGAUGUGACGUUAUUGUGAGUAAAAAGUAGUUUCAAGUAGUGGUUAUAUGUCAGACAUUAUAAUUUCCUAUGGUAAUUAUAACAUUCCCAUUCUUUUGUAGUUGAAACUUCUAUGAACUGAACCACAGGUUUUCAAGGCUUCUAAAUGUAGCCUUUUAUUGCAUAUUUCAGCAAUCAGAACAGAUGACCUCCCACAAAAAAAAAUAGAUGCAUUCAGUUGAUAAGUUCCUUGCUUAACUACACAGCUAUGAUGCAAUCAUGUUUCUAAGUCGCUUGCCCCAGUGAAAUAUGCACAUGUAUGUUAUGGAACCGGGAUGGCAAGUAAGUUUAAAAUGGCAUCCUUUUGCAAAGAGCUCAGACUUUUAAUUAACUCUUAUAAAAUAGAUCAGCAUUCAUUGUCCAAGGCUGGUUUUCCUUGGGUCUUUGCUGAAAAAAUCUUAGUAGUUUCCCCCUUUUAAAACAACUGUGAUCAUGAAUGCCACUAUCUCUCAGAUAUUUGAACUUUUUGUGUUAGCUUAGGCACAUAUUGUGUGAAUACAUUAAUCUAAGAAGAGAGAAUCUUCUCUAUGCCUCUAUUCCAGUGAAUAGCACAAGUAUCAGAUAAAAGGGUCAAUUUUUAAAAUGUUAAAUUCUGAAAACUCCUAAGAAGACAGGAAACAUUAUGGCCUAAAUCACUUACCCAGAAGAUGUACAUAUUGUGCUUUAGUUUCACACCACUUUAUUACUAAAAGCAAACACCUUUUACUUUAAAUUACUUUAUCAUAUCAUUUGACGUAUGCAAGUCUGUGCUCUUUGCCAAAGUCAACGUAUAAUGAAGAUAUGGCUUUGUUUACUGAGAUUCAAACUUGAUGUGAUGCUUUAAAAUAAACUCAGUACUUUUAGAAACAUAA